GGGUACACUGACCAUGAACCCCAUGCGGCGCUGCAUGUAGAAGCCCUCCCUCAAUUUCCCCUCCACCUCCCAUCUGGGGUCUGACUGCGCUUCUUAUCUUAUUUUUCCGUGCCAUGCGCACUCGCUAGCAGAGUCACUCAUUACCGCAAUCCGAUUUUUCCGUAGUCAUGGCUUCGAAACUGCCUCUACCAGCUCCACCGCGUACCCCAACGCCGCCUCCUGAUGAGGACGCGCCUCAGCCUGUGGGUCUAGGAUUCGAGGGUGAUCUGUCUUCCAGGACGCUGGCCUCGAGCGCAAACGGGCUGCUGUCGCCCAUGUCAGCGACGUUUCCCUCGAAGCAGUAUGCCACACUUGCGCCCGGCGACUCCAUUUCGCAGAGGGCAUCCCCCGCCGUGCUAUACACACCAGCAAGCGCAACCUUUCCUUACACACCAGCGAGCGCUGCCAGCGGGGCCAUGGACACGGAUGGGCCCUCGUUGAGCGGAUCGGAGAACCCCAAUCCAUUCAACUUCCAGUCUGUCACGUACCAACCAGGGCAGCCACAGGCCAAAAGCAAUGAUGUUGGACGAAGACGAGGACACAAGUAUAAGCACAGCAGUGUAUCACACCAGAUAUUUCUAGAACCCGCCCCGCGCGCGCCGCUCCAGCUCCCCGCCUCGCUGCCCAUUCCGACGUUUAAAGAGUACCGGUCGUCCAUGUCCAAGGACCAGAAGCUGCGACUGGCAUGGUGCUUUUGUCACUUGGUCGUAGCUGGGCUGGUUCAAUGGGGCGCACACGAGUCCCUGGCCCUGACGGUUCUGUCCCGCCUGAUAUUCUACGAUGCAUUAGGCGCAUUUUUGUGCGUGGCUGUAGAUGUCGGAGCAAACUUUGAAGUGUGGAAGCGCUCGAGCAUCCGUCACCCAUUUGGCUUUGAGAGGCUGGAAGUCAUCGCCGGGCUGGGCAUGUCGGUUGGCCUACUGUUCAUGGGACUCGACCUGAUCUCUCACGGGCUAACGCAUGCACUCGAGGACGCUGGCGGACACCACGCGCAUCACGCGGACGGCCAUGAACGUGUUUCACCAGGCAGCAUUGAUCUUGCUGCGCUGAGCGGAAUUGUGUCGACACUCGUGUCGGCUAUUGUGCUCAAGAACCAUGCCCGAAUUGGGAAGGUGAUGAGGCUGGGUGCAAUUGCUAAUCUCCCCUCAGUACUCAGCAACCCGUCGCACUUUUUGACGCUGUCGUGCUCGUCACUGCUACUUAUCCUGCCCCUGUUGAGCAUACAAAUGUAUGUGUGGUUGGACCGGACACUUUCCUUUUCGGUUGCGUUUUCCAUGGUAGCGCUAGGGUGGAUCCAGGGAUGGACGCUGGGCAAGAUGCUGCUCAUGUCCUACUCGGGACCGGGGGUGUCGGAAGUGGUGCACGAGCUCGAGGCGGAUCCUGCAAUCCGGACGGUGGAGGAGGCAAAAUUUUGGCAGGUGCAUUACGGGUUGUGCCAGGCCAACCUGAAAGUGCGCGUCAGGAAUAUGGACGAGAUUGGGCGUCUUCGGGACCGUGUGGGCAGCCUGGUGCGGAACCGGUUGGGCGGCGGGUACGGGAGCGGCGGGCAGAAAUGGGAGGUGUCGACCCAAAUUACUCUGGAAAAGGAUUGAGUGCGCUGGGCGGCAUUGCAUCACGCCUAGGAUGCGCAAUACAAUUUCUUGGGCGCCCCUGUGGCGAGUCACAUGUGUGCCCGCCUGCAGUGUGUUGUAGUAGCUGGGAGCAGUAGUCCGCAGCCGGCAGCCCGUAGUCGUCCGCCGCCCCGCCAUUUCGGUGAUGCACAGUGUAGUUGGUGUAAGUACACAUACUCUAGACAAGACUACGUAGUUUUGCAGCGUCCAUCUCACAGCCCCGAAAAAAAAACUGCCCUCGGCGCGGCAGGCGAGGGCAUCAUUGUACAUACGGGGCUGCACCGCCUUUGUUUCUGCCGGCCAUGUCCUUGGGAUGCGCCCGUUGCAAGAGGGCCCGAGGCGGUUGUGUGCCCGCCGCUCGGGCAUACUAAGGCGGUGCUAGGGGCGUAGGUACAUAGAUACGCGGUAGGUAGACAGGCAUACCGCAUACACAUACACAGGGCGGCGCACCGUAGGCUACCUCGUCUGCAGCGC